CUUUGGGAAAAGCAGCUACGAAAAUCGUAAAACGUCGAAUUGUUUGGGAUAAUUCCAUUUAAAUUUGAUACACUUUGACCUUCAUUCAUCAAAAGAAAUUCAAGUGAUUCAAAAUGCAGCUGUUCAAGAGGAAAGCCUUCUAUUUCACAAUACUUCUUGUGGUGCUGAGCGUUUGCCUAGAGGAGACGGAAGCCAGACGUAAGAUUCUACGUGGUCGACGAACGAUUACCAGAACCUACAAACGCGGUACGGCCAUCCCGGCGUGGGCCAUCAUCUCUCUGGUCGGCAUCGGUUACAUACUACUUGGAGGAAUUUCCUAUCUAAUAUUCAGGAAAGUGAUCCUCCAGACGCCCAUCGAGAAUGUCAACUCGUACACGCCCGCCAUGAUGCAGGACGAUUCGUGAGCUGGGGCAAAUUUUUCAACGCUUUAAUUUUAAGUUGACGGGUGGAAUAGUUUAAGUAAGAAAACACAA